AUGGAAUUUCAAGGAAUCAAGAAUUGGGAUGGUUUGCUUGAUCCACUAGACGAUGAUCUUCGCAAGGAGAUUCUAAGGUAUGGAGAGUUUGUCGAAGCAGCCUAUUGCUGCUUCGACUUUGACACGUCAUCAGCCACGUAUACGACCUGUCGGUAUCCAACGUGUACGAUGCUGACACACUGCGGACUAGGUCAGAGUGGGUAUAAGGUCAUAAAAAACUUGCUUGCCACGUGUGCUGUUCAAAUGCCACGGUGGACUGAGAGAUUUCCUAAUUUGGUGUCGCCGCGGUGCAGCUGGAUUGUUUACGUGGCGGUAUGCGAUGACGUGGACGAGAUUGCCCGGCUAGGUCGCCGAGACGUGGUGAUUGCUUUUAGAGGUACUGCCACUUGUUCAGAAUGGCUUGAAAAUUUACGUGCCACGUUAACUUGCUUGCCUGAUGACAUGGCACCUCAAAAUGAAAAUAGUCAUGAACCCAUGGUACAGAGUGGACUCUUGAGCCUGUACACUUCGAAAAAUGAAGGGAAUCCAAGUUUACAAGAUAUAAUAAGAGAAGAAAUUGCGAGCAUUCUCAGUAUAACAGUUACAGGACAUAGUCUUGGAGCUGCCUUAGCUACACUUACAGCAUACGAUAUAACAACAAAAUUUAAUCACUUGCCUAUGGUGACAGUGAUAUCAUUUGGAGGACCUAGGGUUGGUAACAAAAGCUUUAGGUGCCAAUUUGGAAAAAAUGGAACUAAGGUACUCAGAAUUGUCAACUCUGAUGAUCCCAUAACAAAAGUUCCGGGAUUCGUGAUCGAUGACGUGGCAAGCCAUGGGGCUGCCACGCUGGCAAGAUUGCCAAGCUGGCUUGGAAAGUACAUGGAAGAUACCUUAGCAAAGGAAAUGUAA